ACCGCAGUGACAGCGUGGCCCCACUUUGGGCUCCCGUGCUCUUUCUCUACGAGCAUCUGCUCGCAUGGGACCAGCGGCCACGUCCCUAACAGCCCAGGGAAUGACACAGAGUGGGUCUGGAGGUUAAUUUGCCCCGCUUUUGAGUGCCUUCAGGCUGGCCACGGAAAGGCAGAGAUCACCGAAAAGACCCGGGUCACGGCCACCCAGCCCUGCGGCUCUGGGUUCCAAGCCUGGACGCUGGAAGACACCACCACUGCCUGAUUUCGACCUCGCACAGCCAUGGUGAACCCCACCGUGUUCUUCGACAUUGCAGUCGACGGCAAGCCCCUGGGUCGCAUCUCCUUUGAGCUGUUCGCAGACAAAGUUCCCAAGACAGCAGAAAAUUUCCGUGCGCUGAGCACUGGGGAGAGAGGGUUUGGUUAUAAAGGCUCCUGCUUUCACCGAAUCAUCCCAGGGUUCAUGUGCCAGGGUGGAGAUUUCACUUGCCAUAAUGGCACUGGUGGCAAGUCCAUCUAUGGGGAGAAGUUUAAUGAUGAAAAUUUCAUCCUGAAGCACACGGGACCUGGCAUCUUGUCCAUGGCAAAUGCUGGGCCCAACACCAAUGGAUCCCAGUUUUUCAUCUGCACCGCCAAGACGGAGUGGUUAGACGGCAAGCAUGUGGUUUUUGGCAAGGUGCGAGAUGGCAUGGAUAUUGUGGAAGCCAUGGAGCGCUUCGGUUCAAAGAACGGCAAAACCAGCAAGAAAGUGACAAUUUCCGACUGUGGACAGGUCUAAGAAUAUGACUUGUCUUCUGGCCACAAGACCAGUCUGGAGAGCAUGCCUUCCCACUG